ACAAUGCAACUCGUUGGAUGAGCAUCAUGAAAAUGAUCGAAUGGUAUAAAAAUCUUAUUCCUCAUAUUACUCAGGUAAACGGAUUUUCAGGUCAUGACAUUUUAUUAGUGGAACAGUUGGAUCUUGGUUUAGAAAACCGAUUAGAAAAGAAUGCAUCAAUAAUCCAUGAUCCCGUUUUCGAAGAAGCCGUAAUUAAAAUUUUAGGCAAGCAAGAAACCAUACUAACACCAGAAGAAAAACAAAAACUCCAACCAUUUAUCGUUGAACCAAAUGUACAACAAAUUGAAGUAGAAGGU